UUUUUUUUUUCUGGGUUGAACACAACAUGGGAAAAAAGCGACGAAAGGUGGAGGACGCCCUGUUGUCGUGUGUGUGCUGGUACUGCGAGCGAGGCUUCCAAGACGAGACGGCGCUCAUCGCACACCAGCGCAACACACACUUUCAAUGCAAGAACUGCCGGAAGCGACUGACAACCGUCCCAGGCUUGGUGCGCCAUUGCAAGAUCGUGCAUGGAUACACGCUCGGACAUGUGGAGAACGCUCUUCCGCACAAGAGUCGACAGGUCGGAUUGAACAUCACGGGCAUGGCGGGCGUCCCUCCAAACGACUCGGACACUGGCAAUCAGCAAGAUGCGCCAUCGGGUGUUCCGUUUGGCGCAAGCGGCUAUGGUUAUGACUACGAGCACGACCACGACGCGCUGCAUGACGAUGAGGACGAGCUCAGUCAUGAAAAGAGCAACGAAAUUUCAAAGCGAUUCGCACAGUUUGACCCGCCAGCGUUUGCUGCUGUCGUGGCGCCAGAGCGCCCCCAAAUAUAUACCCGACAGCCAAACGAUGGUCUAGUCGCCGACGAAGAGCGAAACUGGUGGGCCGCAGCAGGCGCCCAGCUUCUUCCAUUCAUGGUUAAUGCUUUUGAUGCUCAUCAACAUCAGCAGCAUUACCAAGAACCAGGCCCUCCAUCGUUUCCGUUGGAGAGACAGCACCAGCAAGGCGAGAGCUCCACCGUCGGACUCGCAAUUGCAGAGCUGAAGCUCGCCGCACCGUUCUCUGAAGCGCAGUCUUCCGAUACGCUGCUGGUUUACAGCACCCAGCCAACUUCGAUGGAGGAGCGCCGUGCAUUGCUGCCCAAGUAUGGUCGAAUGCCAAGCCAUCAGCAAGUUGCCGCAAAUUGAUUGGUGCGGGUUUUUUGUUUUUGUUUUGGCAGGAUUGGAGUAUUUAUUUUGAAUAUUGGUGUCUCAAAUGUAACAACACUCAAAUUGAAAAGCAUCCCAAAAAAGACAGAGUCGACCACACCCACGCGCGAAUAGAAAUCC